AUGAAGUUCACCACUAUUGCCGCUACCCUCCUCACUCUCGGCUUUGGAGCUGAUAUAGCUGCCGCCGCGUGCUGCGACGUCAAAGUCUGUGAUGAAUUUAACCUCAAGGGCAAUUGCAAGAAUGAUUGCUACCCUUAUCUCAAGACGGUCAAUAUCAACAAAAGCGGGCUUCGCUCAUCAAUCGCUUCUGGGAAGACUGACAAGGACUGCUUUUGUACCUUCGGCAAGGACAGUCAAUCCUGCAUGUUAGUCGAUGACAAGAGCAAAAACGCCCCUAAUCAUUGCCUUACCGGUAUCAACAAGUUGUACUGCUCACGUAAUUAA